UAAAGAAAAGCUUCCUUAACUCCUUUGUGCUUCUUAAGGGGUGAAACCAAACUGAGAAAAUGGCACCACUAACUGAAAAGCCUAAAUCACGAGACAAAGAAAAUCCAGAAGUGAAAAAGGCAAGUCCCUCAGCCACAAUGAGCUCUGAACACGAAGAAACUGAUGCUGCAAAAACAGUUGUCAACGGGCUGAUAUCGAGCAGCAAUGGACAAGAAAAAGCUGUUGACGUCCCUUUAUGUACACGCUCUAUUUCUGCCGUUAAAAUAAUCCCUGUGAAGAAAGUGAAAAGUUCUCCUCACCUAGUGCUGCCUACAGACACAGAUCCCAGCAAAGUCUGUAGUGGAAAAGGAGCUGUGACCCUCCGGGCAUCUCCAGCCUCCGAAGAAAAUCAGAAUCUCUCUUCGCCGCCAUGUCCUCAGGAUGUUGAGCAACAUGAAAGUCUGGAGCCAGAAAAUCCAGAAACAGAUGAUUGGAGAUCGUCAUCGUCUAACACUGAUGCCAAUGGGGAUGCCCAAACAUCUUCUCUGGCUGCCAAGGGUUAUAGGAGUGUGCGUCCAAACCUUUCUACAGACAACAAACCACAGGCCCUGGCUCCUCCCCGUCCUCCUCUCCCCAAAGAGGAAAGCUUUGCAUGGCGUCCUCGCACUGACACGAGAGCGUCCAACCUAUUGCCAGUGCCCAUCAUGGACUGCGUGUACCCGAAUCUCCCCAAGCCUUAUUCGCAGCGUGCCUCACCAAAUGCCAGCGCACGCUCCUAUUUCUCGUCACCCACCCCCUAUGGGGCAGUCCCCAGUGGGAAGCAAGGCUUGCAAGCGGGGCAGCCCCCUUCCUCAAGCCCCAAAGACAAGGUGCAUGCUGGCCAGCCACUCUUGGGAAGUUGCUCAGUGUUGUCAGACACAUCAUCCACACAACACACCCCUGCUAGGGCAGAUCCCAGUAGUAAGGCUGGAAUGAAUUCCAGUCAUGGGACGAAAGCGGAUAAAAAGGUCAGCAGACUAUAUGUAGCUUGUUUAUCUAACAGCACUUGCUCGGCCGCAUCUGAAAAUUCCACUGGCACCGCACAUGACCCAGCAGCCAGCACCAGUUUGGGCGCUGAGCUCACUCAAGCACCAGCCACGGACAUUGUUUCCUCUGUAACAGAUACUGGAAAAUCUCUUCCUCCUCCUCCUCCUCCUCCUAUUCCUCCCAGGCCGUAUUUUCACAUUGUCCUCAGUAAAGACGCACUUAGUUUUGGUGCGGGCCAGCCCUCCUGGACUCAGUCGUCACCUUCGCAAGCUGUGAGGGACAAAGUGGUAGAGCCCCAGAGCGCAGCUGCCAGAGAGGACAGGAUGAGAAAAGAGCCUUACCUUACCCAGCAGCGGCAGCCGCCGUACAAGGCAAUGGGACGCAGCAUGGAUGCCACUGCCAGCAGCACUGCUCAGCCUGGGGUUAUAGUAGUCCCCCUCCUCCAGGUUAACCCAGACAGACAGCAUCAAGAAGGCAGCUCCAGCUCUCCACCACCACCUCUGGUUCCUUUCGGGCAAGGCUCCGUAUUCCCCGAGACUGUUUCUCCUGGCUCACCCUUGACUUUUCCGACUCUAGACGAUUUCAUUCCCCCACACCUCCAGAGGGGUUUCCACCAUAACCAAGCACCCUCCGUAUCUGGCACGUUACCCCCCGUUUACCCGAAACUGCCAUCCUUCUCAUCACCACCUUCACUUGUCCCUCCAGUCACGGGGGCUUUGCACAGGGGCUUGAAGCCUGAAAUCACUGGAGUCAUCUCACAUACAGACCCUAGUCCUGUGCUAAAUGAAGUUCCCCAGCCUAGCACUGGCACUGACUACUCAACUUCAUUCACAUCAAUCAACAAGCCUUCCUCUGCCUACCCCUCUACCACCAUCGUCAAUCCCACCAUUGUCCUCCUGCAACACAACCGAGAACAGCAAAAAAGGCUUAGUAGCCUGGCAGAUCCAGUGCCAGACCGAGCAGGUCCUGAUAAAGUAUAUUUGACACACACACAGGACAGACCAAUUCAGGAGACAGCUCCAGGUGAGAAAAGAGCAAUGGAGGAGAAGAGAAGAAUUGUAAAGAGCCCUCAGCAUAUGGCUGAUACUUCCGUCGAUGAUAUUGGCAUUCCACUAAGGAAUACAGAGAGAUCGAAGGACUGGUACAAGACAAUGUUCAAACAGAUCCACAAGCUAAACAGAGACACUCCUGAAGAAAACCCUUAUUGCCCUACGUACGUAUUUCCUGAACUUCCUGAAAUCCAGCAAAAACCUGAAGAAGACAAUCCUUAUUCUCCUACAUACCAGUUUCCUGCGUCUACUCCUAGUCCUAUCUCUGAAGAUGAAGAUUCUGAUUCAUAUUCUCCUCGUUACUCCUAUUCUGAGGACACAAGAACCCAGCCUUCAGUUCCCCGCUCCCGGAGUGAGAUGGACAAUAUCGACUCAGAGAAGGUUUUUAAGAGAUCUGCUACUUUGCCACUGCCAGCUCGUACUUCAUCGCUGAAAUCAGCCCCAGAAAGGACUGACUGGGAGCCUCCCGACAAAAAGGUGGAUACUAGAAAAUAUCGUGCAGAGCCCAGGAGCAUUUAUGACUAUCAGCCAGGAAAGUCUUCGGUUCUGAACAACGAAAAGAUGACUCGGGAUAUAAGCCCAGAAGAGAUAGAUUUAAAGAAUGAACCUUGGUAUAAAUUCUUUUCGGAAUUGGAGUUUGGGAAACCGCCUCCAAAAAAGAUUUGGGAUUAUACUCCUGGAGAUUGCUCUAUCCUUACUAGAGAGGAUAGAAAGACUGAUCUAGAAAAAGACCUCUACCUCUACCAGACUGAGUUAGAGGCAGAUUUAGAAAAAAUGGAGAAGCUUUAUAAAGCGCCAGAUAAAAAGCUACAGAAGAAUACAGCAGGUGUUGCUCCUUCGGAAACUUCCACAGACCGGUCUUCCUACUACCAAGCAGUGAAACGAGAAUCAGAAUUUGCACCGGGGGACCCGGCUGCCUUGGAGAAUGAAAGGCAGAUCUACAAGAGCGUGCUGGAAGGUGGAGAUAUCCCUCUGCAGGGGCUGAGUGGUCUUAAACGACCUUCUAGCUCUGCUUCCACAAAAGUGGAUCGUAAAGGUGGGAAUGCUCAUAUGACUGCACCCUCUUCAGUUAGUAGCCGAACCUUUAACACUAGUCAUACCGGUAUGUUAGGUCACGCAUGUAAACAUAAGAAGCCCUUAUCAGCUGCAAAAGCCUGCAUUACUGAAAUCCUCCCUUCUAAAUUCAAACCCAAACUAGCAGCCCCAGCUGCUCUUGUGCAGGACAAGAAGGGUAUCUUGCUGUCUCAUGAGAAAGCUCAAAGCUGCGAAAAUCUUCGUAGCUCUGUUGCCUUGUUUGAUAAUAAAAAAGCUUUCAUGGUAGACAUAGGGGAAGGCAUAGAAAACAUGCUGAUGAAGUCAAAGCAGGAGUAUGCCAUCAAAUCUGGCAGCACCAUGAGCCUGCAGGAAUAUGGCACCAACUCUGGGAAAGGCUACCUGUUCCCUGCCUCCAGGAAGAGUGGGAUGGAGUUUACCAUGCUGUAUAAAGACAUGCACCAGAUCAACCGGUCUAGGAUCCAUCUGGACACAGCCUCUUCCUGCAGCGUGAGGGAUAUUGCAUCUCAAUUUGAGAAUGAGGCAAAGGAUAGGACGGAGCACAGUCUCAGCCAGGGGAAUUCAGAGCAGAUCCCCAAACACACAGUUUCCUCCCGUAUCAGCGCCUUUGAGCAGCUGAUCCAGAGGUCCCGGUCAAUGCCCUCACUUGACUUUUCCAUUGGACAAGGCAAAUUUCCCACUUCUCUUCGGUCUAAAACUUGUCUGAGUUCUGCAUACUCUGCCGAGUCUGUCCUGGAUUUGCCAAAACCCCUUCAAGAAGAGAAGGAUGCUGCCAGCUUGGCAGAUAAAUCCUCCCGCUCCUGCAGCAACGUGGAGGACACAGCUUCAGAUGUCAGUGAUGCCAUCCCUAUGGACACACUUUCAGCUUGCACAGAUGAGAUAGAUCUCCUCUCAAAUGCAUCUAAUGACAGCGGCGGCAGCAGCAGCAGCAACCUCAAUGGGCCUCAGAAAUACAAAAUCAACAGAUGCAAAGGCACAUGCCCAGCUUCCUACACCAGGUUCACUACCAUCCGAAGGCAUGAGCAGCAGCAGUCCUCCAGGAACCCUGAUUCCAAAGGGGAUGUCUACGGGGACAGGCCCAUGCUCCCCAGAAACGUCUACCUAAUGAGCCCUCUCCCCUUCCGCUUGAAAAAACCCUUCCACCACAAUUCCAGGAGGACUCCACCCCUGGACUGCCCAGGAACCCCGUCAGCGCCCAGCCCCGAGAGCCCACAUGACCCCGUGCAGCUGCAAGGCAGCGUAGGAGCCAAGAGUCACCACUCCCAGCACGGACCGUGCUUCCAGAGCAGGCCUCUAGCCCCGGAGCGCCUGUCCUCCUUGGACAUUGUGGGGAAGCUCAGCCACUUCCCCGCAGUGGGAUGUGGCCGGGAGAGCUUCCUGGGUCGGGCUGCUGCUCCUGACUCCUUUAACAAUGGCAACCCUGUUCCAUAUGCUCUCUAUCCCAGCUUGGACACAAACAACAACCCGCAAAGUGAACUGGGGACAUACCUAGGAGAUUCAGAAUCACCAAGGCAUUUUGCACCAGUUGAUUACAUGGAAACUCCAGAAGAAAUUAUCCGCAGACGUCAUGAUGAUAAGGAGAAACUUUUAGAGGACCAGAGACGGCUUAAACGUGAGCAAGAAGAAGCUGAUAUUGCAGCUAGAAGGCACACAGGGGUUAUUCCAACGCACCAUCAAUUUAUCACUAAUGAGCGAUUUGGGGACCUCCUAAAUAUAGACGAUACAGCAAAGAGGAAAUCUGGGUCAGAGAUGAGACCUGCUAGAGCCAAGUUUGACUUUAAAGCACAGACACUAAAGGAGCUUCCUCUGCAAAAAGGAGAUAUUGUUUACAUCUACAAGCAGAUUGACCAGAACUGGUAUGAAGGUGAACACCACGGCAGAGUUGGCAUCUUCCCACGAUCAUACAUUGAGCUACUUCCGCCAGCUGAGAAAGCUCAACCCAAAAAGUCAGCACCAUUGCAGGUGUUGGAAUAUGGAGAUGCUGUUGCUAAGUUCAAUUUCAAUGGGGAUACCCAAGUGGAAAUGUCCUUCAGAAAGGGUGAAAGAAUCACAUUGAUUCGACGCGUGGAUGAGAAUUGGUAUGAAGGAAAAAUCUCCGGCACCAAUCGCCAGGGCAUCUUCCCUGUCACUUACGUGGAAGUGCUCAAACGGCCUGUGGUCAAGAAUGCCAUCGAUUAUCCUGACCCACCAAUGUCCCUCUCCCCUAACCGCAGCAUGACGGCUUCACCACAGCCUUCCCACCAUUCAUUGAGAGCUGGACCAGAUCUCACAGAGUCUGAAAAGAGCUAUGUGGAAGCUGUUUGCAAUGAGAUCAUAAACAUUGCAGAAAAGUCUGUUCAUUACUGCAGUACUAUAUCUCAGCCUCUUGACUCUCGCCACAAGGUGACCUCUAAUGACCAUAAACCAUCUCUCAUCAUUUCUCAGCAACCUCAAGCACAGCAGCAAGGAGCCAGCCCUGACAGAAGUCAUACACCACGAGACAUAGUUAGCUACCAAGCGCUCUACAGCUACACUCCUCAGAACGAUGAUGAGCUGGAGCUGAGGGACGGGGAUAUUGUGGAUGUCAUGGAGAAGUGUGAUGAUGGCUGGUUUGUGGGUACAUCCAGGAGAACAAGACAGUUCGGCACCUUCCCUGGCAACUACGUGAAACUUCUGUACCUGUAAAAAAAAGCAGCGAUCCCACAGUGGCAAUGAUGGAGUUGUUUCCAGAUGGUGUUUUUAAAUAGCAAAGAAACAGACAAUUUAUGAAUGUAAUAGACAAGAGAUGAGAGCGUUAGGAGGAUGUGGUUAUGUGGUACAGUACUGAGUUGAAUGUGUAGCCCUACUUCCACUGAUUCAGGGUGUGAUUUGUUUGAUUAAGAAGAGGCAAAGUUUCUAGUUUACAGUGCUGCCUUUGUGUAUUCCUCUCCCCUCCCCAGCAAGAGUCCUGGUGAUAAUCUUAAUUUGUACGGAGUAUUUCCCUCUGAGCAGGCUUCGGGGAAGCACCUGGUUUGGGUUUUGUUUGUGUGCUGAGAUACCAUAGUGCGUGGG